AUGAACAACUCGCAGCUGGCCGUCCAGGACCUCUCGGCGCUCGACCCAAAGACGCUCACGCCGCUCACGCCCGAGGUCAUCUCGCGCCAGGCGACCAUCAACAUUGGUACGAUCGGCCAUGUCGCCCACGGCAAGUCGACGGUCGUCAAGGCCAUCUCGGGCGUGCAGACUGUGCGCUUCAAGAACGAGCUCGAGCGUAACAUUACCAUCAAGCUCGGGUAUGCCAACGCCAAGAUCUACCGCUCGGAGCCCGCGCCGGCCAAGGCGGACGAGGCGCCGACGGGCCCCAUGUACUCUGCCUUUGGCAGCUCCAAGCCGGACCGCUUCACGGACGAGAAGGGCGUGACGUGGGCGCUCCAGCGCCACGUGAGUUUUGUCGAUUGCCCGGGCCACGAUAUUCUCAUGGCGACCAUGUUGAACGGUGCCGCCGUCAUGGACGCCGCGCUCCUUUUGGUUGCUGGUAACGAACCGUGCCCGCAGCCGCAGACGUCGGAGCACUUGGCCGCUGUCGAAAUCAUGCGCCUCCAGAACAUUAUCAUUCUCCAGAACAAGGUCGACUUGAUCAAGCCGGACGCGGCCAAGGCCCAGUACGAGCAGGUCAAGCAGUUUGUCGCUGGUACGGUCGCCCACGACGCGCCGAUCAUCCCGAUCUCGGCCGUCUUGAAGUACAACAUUGACGUGGUCUGCGAGUACAUUGUGCGCAACAUUCCGAUCCCGCGCCGCGACUUUGUCUCGAAGCCCAAGCUCAUUGUCAUUCGUUCGUUUGACGUCAACAAGCCCGGCCAGGACGUGGAGAACCUCCAGGGUGGUGUCGCCGGUGGGUCGAUCCUCCAGGGCGUUCUCCGCAUUGGCGACGAGAUUGAAGUCCGCCCCGGUAUUUACUCGAAGGACGAAGAUGGCAAGGUGCAGUGCACGCCGAUCUUUUCGCGCAUCGUGUCGCUCAAGGCCGAGCACAACGAGCUGCAGUACGCGGUGCCCGGCGGUCUCAUUGGUGUCGGUACGCUCAUCGACCCGACGCUCACGCGGUCGGAUCGCCUCGUCGGCCAGGUGCUUGGCCUCAAGGGCAGCUUGCCCGACAUCUUCACAGAGCUCGAAAUCAACUUUUACCUCCUCCGCCGCCUCCUCGGUGUCAAGACGUCGGAGGGCUCAAAGGCCUCCAAGGUCCAGAAGCUCACGAAGGCCGAAGUGCUCAUGAUCAACAUUGGCUCGACGACGACAGGUGCCAAGAUCAUUGCCGUCAAGCAGGAUCUGGCCAAGAUCUUGCUUACGCAGCCCGUGUGCACACAGGAAGGCGAGAAGAUUGCGCUGAGCCGACGGAUCGACAAGCACUGGCGUCUCAUCGGUUGGGGUGAGAUCCGCCGCGGCGUCAAGAUUGAUAUCGCCUAG